UAUAGGCUCGCUCCAAUAAGCACCCUGACAAGCGCAGCUUCUAUUCUUACGUCAGUGAGCAAAUGGCAAGUGUUUAAAGCAAAAAAAACUUACUCUUACCGUUUCCUUCCGUACUAUGCUUGCUGGCGCGUUUAAAUGUCUCUACAUCAUAGAGACUAGCUCAGUUGCUGAAAGGUCGGACGGCAACGAUCUUCGAACGCUAGUUAACUGAUUUCUCAGAUUUUGAAACCGCGUCAUUGAAGCAGCGACGACGACAUAUGGCAGGUGAACGCCGUUGGCGUCUUCGGCGACUUGUGGUGGGUACACCUUCAGACACAGUAAAAGAGCCGGUUUCAUUUUCUUACCAACGUCAGCCUUCGUUGUCAGUGUUUUUUUUCUUUACGUUGCUCAUGUUAGUCGAGCUAAUAGCAUCAGCUGAAGGCGGCAAAUUCCACGGUUAUAAGAAGGUGUUCUACAGGGAGGAGCAUGGCGACCACAGAACGUACUACGAUGAUCUACAUCAUGGCAAGUACAAAAAGAGCGCGAUUGACUCCAAAGAAAUUUUUCAUAAACAGGACAAAGACAGACAAGAACGAGUUUAUGCAAGAAGCACAAGUGGCGGCAACACAUUUUCUGAGACUAUCCUGAACCCGGUCGCGGUCGACGCAAGGAAUCCAAACGUACCGAACGAGCAGUCACCAGCAAAAAAACACAAUCCACGCAUCCGUCUGUGGCAAGAUCCCGGCGACUUCCAAAUCAAAUUUAGUUCGUCCUUCCAGGACUUUAUUACAUCACUCAAUACAUCCUCUUUUUAGUUUCACAAAACGAUAUCGCCAUUUCAACUUGAAAAAUAUUUUUUUGAAACUUGAAAGAUUUUUACAAGCGUCGGUGGUAUCUUUUAACAUUUCGCGUUGGACAAACUUUAGCCAUCAGGCAACGUUGUUGUUGUUUAAUUUAAUGCAAUGCCUUAUUCUUUCUGUAUUGUAACUGUGUAUGUAUUCUACUUAAACCAAUCUUCUAAGCAAAUAAUCGUAGAGGGGAGUUAUUUUAAUGUGUUCUUAAACUUCAAAUAACACUCCUUGUACUAUCACUGGAUGUUGGACAUUAUUUGUACGUCGAAAGUCGUCAUGCUACGAGCAGUCAAAUCGUAGUACGUUGGAUUGUCGUAACGGAUAGUGAAGAACCGGAGACGAUGGCAAGCUCGAACUCGCUUGAAAUGAUCUACCUACGCCCGAGUCACGCUAUGCGAAUAACCGACAUCGGGCUCAAUUCGACCUAAGUGGCGAUUAUAGAAGCGGGCGCGGUAAUGCGGGACAUUAAAGCAACGGUAAAUCAGAGACUCGCCACCACCGACUACAACAGGCAGAACACUCAAGCGGGCAUCGAGGCCGAAAUAGAGGAAACCACAACGUAGGGCACGCGGGCAACCGGGACGGAGGCCAGUACGGGGAUCGAAACGGAUGGCGCAAUCAUCAUUUUUCAGAAAAUCGGAAUGGGCAGAGUGGUGACAAGAACCGUCAUGAUGAGAAACAUGAAGCAUACAAUAUGUCCUGAUCGCAUCAACAUGGUCUGUACUUUGACGAGAUGCUCGACACACUAUACGAUUACAGAUCAAAUACAUAUCGAAAGGAUUAUGGCCGCAAUGAAGGCGGUGAAAAGCAUGGGUCUUACUACUAGCAGCGAUAAGGAAAGGUGAGGAUAAGCACCGUCGCGGGAGUGGUCGAUAGAGAGAGGGUCACGGCAAACAUGGACGCAGCAAAGGAGACUAUUACAAGUUGUGCGGAAGGGAACGAAGACACCGAGUCGACCAUGAAGCUGGAAGGAACCGUCGAAAACACUAUGGAUACUACGCAAGGUCACGUCUGCACCGUUAAACACAUCACCGACAUUAGACUAGGCAUCGGCAUAGGGCACUAUACUUAAUUGAAGGACCGUCAUAUUUUUAGUAUGAAAUGAAGAACACUAUUUUUGAGUAUAUCAAUGCGUGUAUAGUAUAUUUUAUACAAACGGUAUAAAAUUAACAUAUAGUCCUGAAUACUUAACAAAUUAGAGAAAGCACUAUACUGAUAGAUAAAACAAGUGACAUACCCAGGAAAUUCUGAAGACCAGACUCAAAUAAAUAACUAUAACCUUUCGUAUGAUUUUAUUAUUCGUAUAUAUUUAUCCAUAUUUGCAAUAAUAGUUAACACCAACGCACCAAAUAUAUGCACCAAACUCGAAUAUAUAUAAUAUAGUCUUCUAUCAUAUUCAUAUGUACAUCAAAAUCCGACUCAUUUUUAAAACAGCAAUAACGUCCGCGUGGUCCAUUCGUUCCCAAUGGUCCAACAUAUCUAUUAUCUGCACUGCUUCUGAGA